AGCAGUGGGCUCCGCUUGCACGGCAGCGGUGCUGGGUGCCAUGGCAGGGGUUUCAUGACUGGGCUGAAAGCUGUCCGCACUGCGCGGAAACGGCCGGCCCUGAGUGCCAGCGAGUUGACCGAACAAUUGAAGCGGCUUUGGGACCACUACAGCAUCCCAGAGGUCCACAGGCAGCUUUACUUGAAGCGCUACUGCUCUGGGAAGUAUCAGAGCGAUGUUUUGCUCAAAGAGGUUCAGUCUUUGGUGCGUGGCAGAGCCUUGGUCCAACGGCUUAUGAAUGCCAUCGAGGCUCGAGAAGAGGUGCUCUUGCGGCUGAGCGUCUUGCGGAGCGCCUUUGCAGACCUUGAGCUUCGGACACCUGGCUCCUUGGGUAGGUGCCAGCUCUCUGAACAGCUCUACUGCUUGCGAAUGAGCACUGCAGAGGCCAUCAAGCUCUUGCAUGCGUGGCGGGUCUCCGUAGCCCCAGUGGCCAGUGCUGGCUGUGUGGCGGGACCAGGCUCCCGUGGAGCAUGUUGGCCUUACGAAGUCGUCGAGGGCCAUGACCACUGGGAAGACUACUUGUUGUAUGUCAUGAAGAAUGACUCCGUGGUGCGCCAGUUCGAAGCGGUGGUGGAGCUCGCGAGGGAGCCCGAUCCACUGCUGCUCUACGGCGCGGUAGGAGGCCGUGGCCCCUUCGAAAGUGGCAAGUUGUGCCCACCCUGUGGGGAUUUGCAGCGGCAAAAGCUGGAGCAAGCGCAGCUCUUGCUGGUGGAGGAAGAGCUCUCCUUAAUGCUUUUCGCUGAGAACUUCCCAAGGAGCACGCCGGAUGCGAGGCCUCCCAGCAGACCGAGCUCACGCCUGGUGGAGGAGCUGGCUGCACCACUGGAACUCUCCCAAGCUCCGGACAGUCCGGUGCCGCCCCGACCUCCUAGCCGACCCCGUACAGCACCUCGACGACCCCGAGGUUCAACCGACAGGUCCGCACGUCCCAAGACAUCUGAAGCGCAGAAGCAGGCGGCGGAACUGAAGGCGAAGCAACGCGUGUCUGCAUCGGCGCGGAAGAAGAAGCGUCCACCCUUGCCCAUGUGGAAAUCACAACCGAAAGUGGAGCGGUCUGAGCAAAAGAAGGACGAGUUCAAAGACUUCGAGUUGACCGGUGAUGAGGUGGAAGACAUGCAAAAGGAAUUGAGAGAUAUGAUUACGGCCUUUCAGGCCACCCGGAAGAAGAGCCUCACAGAUUUUCAGGGCGUUCCCAAGCUCGUCAAGGGACAGACGGCGGAGAAGGAAGCGGAACGGCCCAAGUUGCAGGACAUGAAGGGCCGGAGGAAGAGCGGCACGGGCAUGGACUUGCAGCUUGCACGGAAGAAGAGCGUGCCUGCUGUGGAGUUGCAGCUGGUGAAGGCACCAACGGCCAGCUUCGACUUGAAUUUCUUUAGCGAGGAGUUGUUCUCCAUCGAAGACCCUGCACAUGUGGAAGAGGAGGAUGAGUGUGUCUUGAAGUGCGGCAUGGAGAUGGCGAGGUUCCAAAGUGUUUGGAACCGCUUUGAGAAUGACAAUGCCAUCCAUCAUGAUGUGGCUUGCAAUGCCUUGGCGCGAAUUGGCUUUGUUGGUCCAGAAAAGCAAUGGGUGGAGGAGAUCUUUCGCCAGGUCACCGAGUUCAACAGCGUCAGCCGGGAAGAGUUCAUGCACAUCGUGGACCUCUACGAUGAACGGCAGCGGAAUUCCUUCCACCAGAAGUUCCUUGACGUUGACGUCGAUGGCUCCGGAGAGACGCUUGGUGAGUCGGGAGCAGUACCACCCGGGUACUUCGUUUCGAGUGGGGUGCCCGCGUUGGCUUUUCCAGAGCAGAAGGGAAGAACCCUCUUCGGUCGCGCUGGCGCGGCCGGUGGGGUUAGGUUGGAGAGCGAGGAAAACAUGUCAUCCUCCCAGGGAGGGAACACCAGCCAAAAUAGCGACCUGGGAAAGGCUCGCUCCUCGCCCACGGGCGCACCGGCAAGCCCGCGGCGGAAGCGCUUCCCGACUGGCACCUUGGGCACAAGGCAGGAUGAGUUUGAAGCCUCCACAGGAUCAGAUCGAGAUUCUGAGGUGGGGGACGAUUUGUCCUCGGUGGCCUCAGAUUUGGAAGAUGAGGAGGAGGACUGGGACCCUCGCGAUGAGUCCUGCUGGAAGCUUUCGCCCAUGGAAGUGAGCAAGGCGAUCCAGGAUCUCAGAGCCCGGCGUUUGCCAGCGAUCGAGGUGUGCAAGAAGAUCGUCCGAAGCGUGAUUGUGCACUACUCCCAUCAGCCGAACGUGAUCCACAUCCCAGCUCCUGAAGUUGGAUCGCGCUUCGUCGUGGUGGGCGAUUUGCAUGGACACUUCGGGGACCUGCGGCACUUGCUCGAAGACCAUGGUGAGCCUUCCCCUGGACCCAAGGGAGCAGUGCGCUUUUUGUUCAACGGCGACUUCGUGGAUCGUGGCACCUGGGGCCCCGAGGUUCUUCUGCUCUUGUAUGCAUUGAAGAUCAAAUCUCCCUCGGCUGUCUAUUUGAAUCGCGGGAACCAUGAAGAUCAGUCACAAAACCAAUUGCCGGACAACGGCUUCGUCCACUCACACUGCACUCGCGCCUUUGGCGCCGACGCGCUGCCCAUGUACUACCUGUGCAGGCGGAGCUUCAAAGAGCUUCCACUGUGCCACGUCAUUGGAAACGAGAUCUUCGUGGUGCACGGGGGGCUUCCGAUGGAUCCCAUCGUGACGCUUCAAGACAUCAAUGCCAUCGACAGGCGGCAUGAUGUGCCCAUUAAGCAUUGUGCCCUGAUGGGGUACCCCAAAGGGCAAAAAGUGGUCGCUCGAAAGGACGGCGACCGGUGA